AUGCUGCCUGAAGAUGUUGAGAUUCUCCCCAGUGUUACCAGAAAUAGAACCUGUGGGGUCAUUUGUAAAGUAAAUGGAUCUGAUGUGAUUAUCACCUGGAGCAGUUCAAACAGCACUGAAAUAAAAGUGAUUAAUGGAUUAUUGCGCGUUCCAGACACAAAUAACAUCUUCACGUGUACUGCGCAGAACCCAGUCAGUACCGUCUCCAAAACUGUGAUACCAAAGAGCUUCUGCCAGAAAGGUAAAAGUGUUUAAUAAUUACCCUUCUAUUUAGUGCGUGUAUCCCAUGUGAUAAUACUCGUGUAAUAUUCAUCUCAUGUAAAUCGCAAGAUGUGUCAAACUUUGAGAUCUAUCUCUACAAUAUCAGAGUGCUCUACAGCUGGGUUUCCGAGCUAAUGAGAACAUUAUAUACAAAGAUACACUAUAGUCACCCCAACCACUAGAGCUUGAUAAGCUUGUAGGCUUUUCAAUGUAAAUGCUGCCUUUUCAGAGAAAAGGAGAUAGUGAUUGGUUUAGUGCGGAGUUUUGCUGGACAUGUGCUAUAACCUCCCAAUGCUUUCCUGUAUGAAAGCAUUGGAUUGGCUGAGAUCAUCAAGACUGAUAAACUCAGCCAUAGGCAGAGCCAGGCAUGGCCAACCACGGCGAGACCUGUGGUUGGCCUUUUUAGGAGAAAAAGUGAGUUUAAACACCUUUUCACUGCUCUGACAGGGGCUGGAGAUCUUAACUGCCACACCAGCACUAUAGUGUCAGCAAUACAUGUUUGUAAUGUUUGUAUUUUUGACACUAUAGUUUCAUUAAUAUAUAAUACGUGUAACGGAAUAUUAGAUUAAUCAGAGUAAAUUUGUUAACUGGAACAUGUGGCUGGUCUCCUCAACUCUUAGAGGGUUGGGUAAGGCACCCAUUGGGAUAUUUUGAUCAAUAUCCAAAUCAGUUGCUAUUCUGAUUUAUACAUGCAGUCGUUGUAGUAAAAUGAAAUGCUUGACAUCCACAUCACUUACUGAAGGAAAAUACCAAUGAGAAAUAUCUAGAUAUUUUGGGUGCGCACUGAGCAUGCUCAGAUGGAAUGUUUACCAUUACUAUAGAUACAGCGUAUGAUGUAACUACAUAACAUUCUUCAAACUCUCGUUUCAGAUCUACAGACGAUGUCUACCCCCGGGAAUGAUCUCCUUUAUGGAGUUUUUAUUGCUAAGGGUUUUUCACUUCUGAUUGUUGGACUUUUCCUCACCAUCAAUUUACUGCUAACCAGAAAACAA